GGACACUUUACAGAAAUUGACAUGAACGACCAUCAUAUCCGGUUCCCGCCCGCUACGUGCACCCAGUCUUCCACCGGCAGCACGCUACCGUCCACGUCCAGUGCAUGGCCGUAUUUACACCGCGCGCUGCCAGCACCUCGACGCACCUCUGUUUCGGGGCUUGCCACCACCGGCCAGAAAGCUCAACGAUCUUCCGAAACAACACAGAAGCUUGUCCUUUUACCCUCUGCACCACAAACAAAGCCUUUACUAACAACUGUUUCCGAUGAUAUCCUUGGCUACGAGACUGAUACCCGCGUCAUUCGUGAAUACAAGUCAGCUGGCGAGCGCGUGGGCAAGGAACAGAGAAAUACCCAAGAGGGGACUCGGAUGUCCAUACCGCUCAUCUCGUUUAGGCGCGCGACAGUGAGCCAGCAGCAUCCGCCCAAGACCACCGUGACCCUGAAUCAGGGGAAGCAAAUGGCACAAGUACUCCGGUAUUAUAUCAGAGGUGGGAGUGGGAUAUAUGGGAUAUUUGAAAUGGACAAGAUGCGUCCCUUAGAGAUGUCACGUCGCGUUGAUAUUAUACUUAGACUUGGCUUAUGGCGCCAUAAUUUCUUCAAAUAACGCUGGGAGUCCGGACCAACAUUUAAUCAAGGGUUUUUUUUU